AGCGUUUAUUUUAAUAUUGCGAACACUUGUUGCAUUUUUACAAAUGUUAAUUAAAACUUCUGUCUGUAGGCGGAAAGCUAGCUUAUUGGGUAACUUAACUGUGUUGGUAGUAAUAUUAGUGUAACUAGUCAUUCAAGUUAGAUUGCGCCAAAUAAGUAAUAUGGUAAUUCAUUUUUAAUGUGGCAAUCCUGCCUAGCUAUCGAUGUAGCUUUGCGUAUAUUUGGGUAUUUAUUAUUUAGUUAUUAUUAUUUACGGUAGGAAAAUAUAUGUUUGAAAAUGUUAUUUAUCCGCAUAGCAGCAGUUGCAAAGUCCGGGUUAUUUGCUUCAAGCGCACAACUUUGGUAGCUUACUGUGUGUGUCGGCUAAUACUUGUGUAGCUACCAAGUUGAGGCGCGCUUUUCCAUCUCAAACUUCCAGUUUCAUCCACUAGGCCGGCGACUCGUCCUCUGCACUAUGCGGGCAAUCGCCUUCCACACAUUUCCUGCUCUCUUAUUUCGUUUAAAUCUAUUAAUUUAGCUAUAAGUUUUGCCAGCGUAGCGGCCAGCUGUGUGUGGAUAUUUCUGUCUAAAAUGGAUGGUUAGCAUGCCCUCCUUUGGGAAUUCGAGUCCAGGAGGUUCAGCUGGCUCAGAUGACCAUGAGUUUGACCCAUCUGCUGACAUGCUUGUUCAUGACUUCGAUGAUGAGCGGACCCUGGAGGAAGAGGAGAUGCUGGAGGGAGAGACAAACUUUACCAGUGAGAUUGAAGAUCUUGCUCGGGAAAGGGAUAUGCCCAUACAGGAACUGUUGAGUCUGUAUGGUUAUACAAGUGGUGGGUCCCCUGGGGGUGAGGAAGACGAGGAGGAGGAGGAAGAUGAGGAGGAGGAGGAUGAUUGUGAGGAAGAGGAGUAUAUUGAAGAUGUGGAUAAUGAUGAGAACAGCAGAAGUGGGGAACUCAAUCGGAACCAGGAUGAGAGAGUGAAGGAUUCUGGCCUGGAAGAUGACACCCAGCCGUCCAAUGACGAGCGUUCUCAGUCUGCAACAUCUCGAGACAAUGCAGAGCUGAUCCGCCCACGGAGAUGCAAAUACUUUGAGAGUAAUGAUGUUGAGGAGGAAUCUGAGGAAGAUGAAGACUAUAUUCCUUCUGAAGACUGGAAAAAGGAGAUUAUGGUAGGAUCGAUGUAUCAGGCGGAAAUGCCAUCUGGACUUUCCAAAUAUAAAGAGAAUGAAAGAAUUUAUGAAAACGAUGAUCAGUUAUUAUGGGACCCAGAGCUCCUCCCAGAGGAGGACGUGGUGGAGUUUUUGGUAGAAGCCUCCAAGCGCACAGGGGAAGAGAAGGGAGUGGAUGCCAUCCCAGAGGGCUCUCACAUCAAGGACAACGAGCAGGCCUUGUAUGAAUUAGUGAAGUGUAAUUUUAACACUGAAGAGGCUUUGAGGAGGCUGAAGUUUAAUGUGAAAGCAGCCAGAGAAGAGCUAUCAGUUUGGACAGAGGAAGAAUGCAGAAAUUUUGAACAAGGAUUAAAAGCAUAUGGGAAAGAUUUUCAUUUAAUACAAGCAAAUAAGGUGAGAACUAGAUCUGUAGGGGAAUGUGUGGCCUUUUAUUACAUGUGGAAGAAAUCUGAGCGUUAUGAUUUCUUUGCACAGCAAACCAGACUUGGGAAAAGGAAAUACACUCUUCACCCAGGUGUUACGGACUAUAUGGACCGGCUGCUCGACGAAACGGAGAGCGCUGCCUCUAGCCGAGCGGCUUCUCCGCCGUCCACCACGCCCAACAGCAGCACCGGUCAGUCCGAGAAAGAUGACAGCAGCAACCAAAACGGGCUUGCGAGUCACAGUGCAAGUGACUCUCAAUCCGGCACUAAUGAGAGCCAGUCAAACAGACCGGUCCCGCACCCGGACCAAGCGGCACUGGACAGAGAGCCCAACGGCUGUGAUGGGGCCGAGGCCAUUGGUGGCAGCAGGAAUGGCUCCGUGGAGGGUGCCGACGCCAGUCCUGAGAAGCUCGCCAAGAGGCGGAGAGUGGAGGUCGACCUGCAGGGGGCGCCAGAGGAGGACUGAGCGAGCUUAAGCCAAAUGGAACUGGCAUCACCAGCACAGACGUGUGGAUCUGAGGCACUGAGACACGCAGGCCAUUCCCCCCCCCCUUUUUAAUAUCCCAAAGUAACGCAGCUACUUUAAUGCUGAAGAAAACUCAUUUUUAUUUCCUUUCGAGGGACCUGUUGAAAUUUAUACUGAAAUUAUUCUCCUGUUUCUAAUAGAAAUUGUCUGUAAUAUUUUUGUAUAUGGAAGAUAUUUAUAUUUUUACGGAAGCUAAUCAGCAACCACGAGCUUAACCCGGAUACCGGUUACGAAGGCAGACGGCCAGUUUGGUGGCAGCUGGCAGGACACCACACGAUGGAGGGGGGGUGGCCCCCGUCAGGCGGGCAAGACCGCGCCUCCCCAGAAACACCAUGUUGCACUCUCUUUUAUUUAUUUUUCUUUUUUUUUUUUUUUGCUUGGAGCGUGAAGCUAGUGUCUUGGCUGUGAGGCCGCGCUGGUGGAUAAGCUCCGAGUCCCGGAAGCUGAGCAUGCGCCGUUUCUCUUUAACGAGCCAGACGGGACCCGCCAAGGUUGGUUUGUGUGAGCAUAUUGACAUCAGUGAUGUCCUCCGUGUGUGUGCGUGCGCGCGAGACUCAUUAGGGGGCAGUUAGAAUAAAGCUGUAUUUUUCCACUUCUCCAGUCCGAUUUGCUGUUUUCUCUUUCAGAAGUACAUAUUGAGUCAUUUUCUGUGAAGUUUGUACAGAUUUAUUUUCUACUGUUCUUACACAUUUUAUAACCAAAUUGACAAGUGUGCGUAAUUCAGACUAGAACUUGUUUCCUCCGCUCCGUCCAGCUGUGGAUUGUUUUGCUGUUUUUGGCCCAUAGUUAUUGGCGCAUUGUGUGUGGGGUAUUUUUCCCUUUUUGUGUGUUCUUUUCAUUUGGAGAGCUUCCCCUGAAACAGGGCUGUGUGCUGUCACACCUUCAGCUGCCCCGGUCAGAGCGGCUGGCUGUGAUGCUCUAGCACAGGGUUUUUCCAAGCCCGGUUCACAGUAUCAAUCCCGGUAGGCAGGUGGGAGGGACAAUAAACGUGGACUGGCUGGGGGUCUCUGAGGACUGCUUCGGGCUUCCCAUAUGCUCACAAAACUUAGUUGGAGUUUCUGCUGCUGUUCUUCUGAGUGUGUGAGUAGCACCUGUUCUGUACUCACUUUCAAGCGCAAACACUUAACAUGUGUUUUGUUCUAAAGCUUUAACCGUGAGAAGUGGGUGUUGUUUUGAUCUCUUCCCCCCCCCCUUUCCAUUCUUACAAAAAGAUGGCAUUGUGCUUUUAUCAAAAAUAAAAACGUUGACGUGCA